AUGGCCCUGGGGACCUGGGGACGGGAAGUCUCCCUUACCUCCGGGGCCGAGGGCUGGUCCCCGCCCCCAAACCCGGACAUGGAGGAGCUGCUGCAGAGCGUGCAGAGGGACCUGAACAUCGAUGCCCGGCAGCUGGCCCCAGCCCCUGGGGGCAAGCACGUGGUGGCCCUGGUGCCCGCGCGCUGGCUCGCCAGCCUCCGCGAGCAGCGCCGUGUGCCCCCGGGGCCCUGCCCCCGGGCAGACAGCCUGAGCGAAGCGGAAGUCAGGACUCUCCUGCAGAGAUCAGUGCAGAGGCUGCCCCCAGGCUGGACGCGAAUAGAGGUGCACGGGCUGCGGAAGCGGAGGCUGUCCUAUCCGCUGGGUGGGGGCCUGUCCUUUGAGGAGGGUUCCUGCAGCCCCGAGACCCUCAAUCGCUUCAUGCAGGAUGUGGCUGCCCAGAACUAUCGCAACCUAUGGCGUCACGCGUAUCAUACCUAUGGGCAGCCCUAUAGUCAUAGCCCUGCCCCCUCAACUGUCCCUGCCUUGGACUCAGUACGACAAGCGCUGCAGAGGGUCUAUGGUUGCCCCUUCCUGCCCGUGGGUGAAACUACCCAGUGCCCGGCGUAUGCCAGGGAUGGCCCCUGCCCCCCUCGGGGCAGCCCGGCCUGCCCCAGCCUUUUGAGAGCUGAGGCCCUGCUGGAGUCGCCGGCGAUGCUGUACGUGGUGCACCCCUAUGUGCAGUUCACCCUGCACGAUGUGGUCACCUUCAGCCCCGCCAAGCUGACCAACAGCCAAGCCAAGGUGCUCUUCCUCCUCUUCCGUGUGCUGAGGGCCAUGGACGCCUGCCACCGCCAGGGACUGGCCUGCGGGGCCCUGUCUCUGCACGACAUCGCUGUGGACGAGAAACUCUGCAGCGAGCUCCGGCUGGACCUGAGUGCUUACGAGAGACCAGAGGAGGAGGACGGGAGCGAGGAGACCCCCGCAGCGAGGGACAGGGCAGGCACCGACUGUGGAGAGGAGCGAGGAGGGGGACCUGCGUGUCCUACCUGCCAGAAGGAACUUAGGUGCCUGGUGCUAGACUGGGUCCAUGGCCGCAUCAGCAACUUCCACUACCUCAUGCAGCUGAACCGACUGGCGGGCCGGCGGCAGGGGGACCCCAACUACCACCCCGUGUUGCCCUGGGUGGUGGACUUCACCACGUCCCACGGGCGCUUCCGGGACCUGCGCAAGUCCAAGUUCCGCCUCAACAAGGGGGACAAGCAGCUGGACUUCACGUACGAGAUGACGAGGCAGGCGUUUGUGGCAGGCGGCGCGGGGGCCGGGGAGCCGCCCCACGUGCCCCAUCACAUCUCAGACGUGCUCUCUGACAUCACGUACUACGUGUACAAGGCCCGGCGCACCCCCCGGUCCGUGCUCUGUGGCCACGUACGGGCUCAGUGGGAGCCCAACGAGUACCCCGCCAGCAUGGAGCGGAUGCAGAGCUGGACCCCGGACGAGUGUAUCCCCGAGUUUUACACCGACCCCUCCAUCUUCUGCUCCAUCCACCCCGACAUGCCUGACCUGGACGUGCCCGCCUGGUGCGGCUCCAGCCAGGAGUUUGUGGCCGCCCACCGGCUGCUGCUGGAGAGCCGCGAGGUGUCCCGGGACCUGCACCACUGGAUCGACCUCACCUUCGGCUACAAGCUCCAGGGCAAGGACGCCGUGAAGGAGAAGAACGUGUGUCUGCACCUGGUGGAUGCCCACACGCACCUGACCAACUACGGGGUGGUGCAGCUCUUUGACCAGCCGCACCCCCAGCGCCUGGCGGGGGCUCCCGCCCUGGCCCCUGAGCCGCCACUCAUCCCCAGGCUGCUGUUCCAGACCAUCCAGGAGAGCACCGGCCGGGAGGACUUCCCGGGGCAGCUUGCGAACGGAGUGGGCAGGCUGGUGUUGGAGGCCACUCCCUGCGAGGCUGGCUGGGCCAGGGACAGACCCGUGGCUGGGGAAGAUGACCUGGAGCAGGCCACGGAAGCCCUCGAUUCCAUCUCCCUCGCGGGGAAAGCGGGCGACCCGCCGGCUCCCUCUUCUUCCUCUGGCCAAGCUCCCGCAGGCCUCCUGUCCUUCUCCGUGGCCUCCACCUCUCGGCCAGGCCGCAGGAACAGAGCUGUGGGGACGGACCCCGGGGAAGGCGAGGAAGGGAAGAUCCUCCUUCCCGAGGGCUUCCAUCCCGUGCAGGCGCUGGAGGAGCUGGAGAAGCUGGGCAACUUCCUGACCAGAGGUCUGGGGGGCCCGCUGGAGGUGCCCGAGCAGCCCCAGGUGCAGCCGCCUGUGCAGAUGCAGGACCUCCUCCAUCGGGACAUGCAGGCGCUGGGCGUGCUGCUGGCCGAGAUGGUGUUCGCCACCAGGAUCCGAUCGCUGCAGCCCGAGGCGCCUUUGCGGGCGCGCUUUGAGGCCGCUCGGGGGCUCUGCACGCGCCAUCCCAAGGAGAUCCCCGUGUCUCUGCAGCCCAUGCUGGACAUGCUCCUGCAGCUGAGCGGACCCGAAGGCCCGGCCGCCGCCGGGGAUGGCACGCUGGGCCCACUGUUUGCCUACAGACCCGUCUCCCAGGGAUUGCCCCCGCCCUCCCCGGCCCAGCUCCUCAGCCCCUUCAGCUCUGCGGUCCCCUUCCCUCCCUACUUCCCUGCCUUGCACAAGUUCAUCCUCCUGUACCAGGAGAGGCGCGCGGAGGACGAGGCUCAGGGGCGGGAGCUGGUCUUUGCUCUGUGGCAGCAGCUGGGCGCCGUGCUGAGCGACAUCACCCCCGAGGGCCUGGAGAUCCUGCUGCCUUUCGUGCUGUCCCUCAUGUCCGAGGAGCACACGGCUGUGCACACGGCCUGGUACCUGUUUGAGCCCGUCGCCAAGGCCCUGGGCCCCAAAAAUGCUAACAAGUACCUCCUGAAGCCUCUCAUCGGUGCCUACGAGAGCCCCUGCCGGCUCCACGGCCGCUUCUACCUGUAUACGGACUGCUUCGUGGCCCAGCUGAUCGUGCGGCUCGGCCUGCAGGCCUUCCUCGUCCACCUCCUGCCCCACGUCCUGCAGGUGCUGGCUGGUGCGGAGGCCUCCCAGGAGGAAAGCAAGGGCCUGGCGGGGGCUGCCGAGGACGAGGACAGCGGGCUCCCGGGGGCCAGGCCCAGCUCCUGUGCCUUUGGGGAGGACAUCCCCAUGGACGGGGAGCCUGCCGCUUCGUCAGGCCUGGGGCUCCCGGAUUACACGUCCGGCGUCAGCUUCCACGACCAGGCGGACCUCUCUGAGACGGAGGACUUCCAGGCGGGGCUGUAUGUGUCCGAGUCCCCGCAGUCCCAGGAGGCGGAGGCUGUGAGCCUGGGCCAGCUGAGCGACAAGAGCAGCACCAGCGAGACCUCCCUGGGCGAGGAGCCGGCUGCCGAGGAAGGGGGAGCCCCCGUGGACAAGAGCAGCCUCCGGUCAGGUGACAGCAGCCAGGACUUAAAGCAGAGCGAAGGCUCCGAGGAGGAGGAGGAGGAGGAGGAGGAGGAGGAGGAGGAGGAGGAAGGCUGCGUGGUGUUGGAGGAGGGGGAGGAAGAGGAGAAGCCAGAUGAAGUCCCGGGGGCACCUGAGCUCACUCUCUCCAGCACCCUGCUGUCCAUGGAUACGGAUGUGGCCGCUGGCGGCAGGGCAGACGGGGAGGAAGAGGAGGAGCCGCUGACUGAGCGGUCGGAGGGCCAAGAACAGAAGAUCCUUCUUGACACCGCCUGCAAGAUGGUCCGCUGGCUGUCCGCCAAGCUCGGCCCAACGGUGGCCUCCCGCCACGUGGCCCGCAACCUGCUCCGCCUGCUGACGUCGUGUUACGUUGGGCCCACUCGGCAGCAGUUUGCGGUGAGCAGCGGCGAGAGCCCCCCGCUGGGUGCCGGCAACAUCUACCAGAAGAGACCGGUCUUGGGCGAUGUGGUGUCGAGGCCUGUGCUCAGCUGCCUCCUCCACAUCGCCCACCUGUACGGGGAGCCUGUCCUCACCUACCAGUACCUGCCCUACAUCAGCUACCUGGUGGCCCCAGGGAGCGCCUCAAGCCCCAGUCGCCUGAACAGCCGUAAGGAGGCGGGGCUGCUGGCCGCGGUGACUCUGACCCAGAAGAUCAUUGUGUACCUCUCGGACACCACCCUCAUGGACAUCCUGCCCCGUAUCAGCCACGAGGUCUUGCUGCCCGUGCUCAGCUUCCUUACUUCCCUCGUCACAGGGUUCCCCAGCGGAGCCCAGGCCCGGACCGUCCUGUGUCUGAAAACCAUCAGCCUCAUCGCCCUCAUCUGCCUCCGCAUCGGACAGGAGAUGGUCCAGCAGCACCUGAGCGAGCCCGUGGCCACCUUCUUCCAGGUCUUCUCUCAGCUGCACGAGCUGCGGCACCAGGAUCUGGACCCCGCGGGCCACGGCGAGGGCCAGCUGCCCGAGGUGGCCUUCUCGGACGGGCAGCUGCGGCCGGUGGACCCCGCCCUGCUGGACGAGCUGCAGAAGGUGUUCACCUUGGAGAUGGCGUACACCAUCUACGUGCCUUUUUCCUGCCUGCUGGGUGACAUCAUCCAGAAGAUCAUCCCCAACCACGAGCUGGUGGGGGAGCUGGCGGGGCUGUACCUGGAGAGCAUCAGCCCGAGCAGCCGCGGCCCCGCCAGCGUGGAGCCCGCCGUGCCCCACGCCGGCCUCGAGUCCGACCCCCAGGGCGGGGGCUGCGCCCAGGACGACGGCCACUCGGGGACCUUCGGGAGCGUCCUCGUCGGGAACCGCAUCCAGAUCCCCGAGGACGCGCCGCCGGAGAGCGCGGGCGCCCUGGGCUUCGUCUCCGGGGCGGGCGGCGGCGUUGGCGGUGGUGGCGGGGGCCUCGGCGGCGACGAAGGCGAGGACCGCGCGCUGAAGCGGGAGCUGCCGCGGAGCGCCCACGGGCUGAGCGGGAACUGGCUGGCGUACUGGCAGUACGAGAUCGGCGUGAGCCAGCAGGACGCCCACUUCCACUUCCACCAGAUCCGCCUGCAGAGCUUCCCGGGCCACUCGGGGGCCGUCAAGUGCGUGGCGCCCCUGAGCAGCGAGGACUUCUUCCUGAGCGGCAGCAAGGACCGCACCGUGCGCCUCUGGCCGCUCUACAACGCCGGGGACGGCACCAGUGAGACGGCCCCGCGCCUGGUCUAUGCCCAGCACCGCAAGGGGGUCUUCUUCGUGGGCCAGCUGGAGGCGCCGCAGUGUGUGGUGAGCUGCGACGGGGCCGUGCACGUCUUCGACCCCUUCACAGGGAAGACCCUUCGCGUGGUGGAGCCGUCGGACAGCCGGGUCCCGCUGACCGCCGUGGCUGUCAUGCCCGCCCCCCACAGCAGCGUCACCAUGGCCAGCUCCGACGCGACCCUGCGCUUUGUGGACUGCAGGAAGCCUGGCCUGCAGCACGAGUUCCGCCUGGGCGGCGGGCUGAACCCGGGGCUGGUCCGCUCCCUGGCCGUGAGUCCCAGCGGCCGCAGCGUCGUGGCCGGCUUCUCCUCGGGCUUCAUGGUGCUGCUGGACACCCGCACGGGCCUGGUUCUGCGGGGCUGGCCUGCCCACGAAGGGGACAUCCUGCAGAUCAAGGCUGCGGAGGGCAGCGUCCUGGUCAGCUCCUCCUCCGACCACUCCCUGACCGUCUGGAAGGAGCUGGAGCAGAAGCCCACCCACCACUACAAGUCGGCGUCCGACCCCAUCCACACCUUCGACCUGUACGGCAGCGAAGUCAUCACCGGCACCGUGGCCAACAAGAUCGGCGUCUGCUCCCUGCUCGAGCCGCCCUCCCAGGCCACCACCAAGCUCAGCUCCGAGAACUUCCGUGGCACCCUCACCAGCCUGGCCUUGCUGCCCACCAAGCGCCACCUCCUGCUGGGCUCGGACAAUGGGGUCAUCCGCCUCCUGGCGUAG